UCAUUAUUUGGCAGCUUAAACUUAAAGAAUCGAAUGAAGUCUCAGACGAGGUCUUAAUUUGUCAAAUUCUGUUGAUACCCGAUUGAUUUAAAAUCUGGCGAGUAUCCGGGUUUCAGGGUACACAUGCCGACCUCUUCAAUUUAUUCUAACAAUUUUACAACUUUUACGAAAACAUUUUUCUACAAGGCGCCGUUCAAUCUGGAAAUGCAAAAUACUUUCAACCUAUCAAUUAUUUGAGGUAUUUGAGGAGUAAAAAAUUGUAGUGUAUCAUGGCUUUGAGAACUUUACAGGCGUUCUUCAGAAUAGCUGCAGUAAGCUUAAAGCAGCCUGUAAAAAGGCCUCAACAAUCAAAUUAUGUUUUACUUGCUCGGCACUUUCACAAGAGAGGAACCAGUACUGUUGUCGACACAGCAACAACACCUCGUUUCAAUGCGACCAUUCAGGAAACUAUGCCAAUGAGCAGUCAUUCACUGAAAGUUAUCUUCAGUAAUCAUGAAGCUGCUGAGUUCAAAUAUAUAUGGCUUAGAGACAAUUGCCACUGUUCUUCCUGCAUCCACCCUGAUAGCAAGCAAAAGCUAGUAGAUACUGCUGAACUGGAUGUCAACAUCUCACCCAAGUCUUUCCAGGUGAAUGAAGAUGGCCAACUGGAGGUAACAUGGAAGGAAAAUCAGAAGGAACAUGUUAGUGUAUAUGAGUCUCACUGGCUGUAUAAAUACGGCAGAUGUUUUACCAUGGAAACCUUCCAUAAUGAGAAGGAUCAAGUUAAACUCCCUCCACUGGAAGUGUGGGAUCGUGUUUCAAUAUGGAGGAACAUGCCUGAAAUUUCUUAUAAAGAGAUGAUGGAGACAGGUGAUGGCCUACAUGCCUGGCUGGAGAUGAUCUACAAAUAUGGAGUUGCUAUUCUGAGAAAUUGUCCUCUAGAGAAGGAUGAAAUCCUUAAGGUAGCUGACAGAAUUGCUUAUGUAAAGAACACAAUUUGGGGACCUACAUUUGAUGUUAUAUCUGAGCCUGUUCAGAGUGAUCCCAAACAUCUUGCUUUCUCUGGACGUUUCUUGGAGCUGCAUACAGAUAUGAACUAUCGUGAAAAGUCACCUG